ACCGUCUUUUACGUACUUUUCGCUUGAUGAAGUUACAGUCUCAUUAUGGUUGGUCUACGGGUAGAAGCUGUACACAACACCUGUUGCUGGUCUUUAAUUGUAGCGUGAUGUACACUUAGAGUUUUCUUUCUUGAUAAGACUUUUUAGAACCGUUUCAGGCAAAUGGGAAGGUCUCUCUUUAUGCCAUGUUCUUGGCUGAGCACGAGACAUGAAGGGAGAAAUGGGAUGGUACGGUUGUCUCGAGGGAGGAUUACCUUGUCUUUCAUCUUUUUUAUCAUCUGUUUCAUAGUUGGGAGAUUCAGCUUGGCUGCUGAUACGUUAGUUUAAGGAGGAAUCGUUAGCAUUCAGUGUAACACAGUGGAGAAGAAUUGGUCUCUGAGAAUCAGGAGGUCUGUAUUUGAGGCUGAACUCGGCUGGGUAAUGGCAUGUGAUCCUCCUCUCCAGCAACUUAACUUCUCUGAGCUUUGCCUAACCCCACUGUAAAAUGGGGACAAUUUCACUACCUCCUUUGGUGAGAAGGUGUGAAAGAACCACAAAGGGCUGAUCUAGUGUAAAAUGGUUUCUUCUACUCCUUUAGAUGAGUUAGGGUAAGUUAAUAUCUGUCACAACAUAGGGUAAGUUAAUAUCUGUGACAACAUAGGUUUUCCUGCCAGUGGGUGGCUUUUCUUGUGAUUCAGUAGCCCAAGUUCAUUGUCUUGGGGCUCUGUUGUCUUCAAUCCAUGGCUGGUAAGGUCACUCUGUCCUUUUGCAUCAAGCUGCUGAAGCGGGAAAAGCAUGGAGGGUUGUGAGAGGGAGGUGGCGCACAUGAUCUGUUCACAUUCCAUUGGCUGGAGCUCAGGCACCUUGCUUCACUUAGUGACAAAAGAGGCAGAAAAAUGUAGUCUGUGGUCUCAGGGUAAAAGAGAAAAUGGGUAUCGCCAGCAGUUGGCAUGUCUCUGCCACAUUCCCAUUUGGGCUGGAUCCACCGUGGUUCUCCUAGUGUGGCCCAUGCUUUCACAUUUGUCUUUGUUGUCCUUUGACGUAUGGGAUUUUAUAAAGUCGGGAAUGCAUUCGUUACAACUCUUUGGAUGGGAAUAAAAUCAGCUUGAGCUAGUUUAAAACCAACAAUUCUAGGAAGCAUAUAAUACAUGGGUAAAGGGUGUCUCAGGGAACCCAGGGGCAGGAAUGUGAGAGAUCUUCAGGAAGUAUUUGAAUUCAGAAUAAAAAGCUUUAGAGGUCAUUUUUGCUCUGUCUCCUAUGCAUCUACUUCCUUCUCAGCAGAUGAACCUCUGCUAGUGGUCCAUGGGCUGCACGAUGAGAGGAACAUGACUACGGCAAAGGCUUGUGUUUCUGUCAUGUGCCAUCUCUGCUUCAGGCCAGCGAGGGAUCCACUCCACACCGUCCUCACGCGGGGCCCUGGGCUGCCGCUGUCUCCACCCUCCGCCAUGAGAGUGGGAAGACAGCAGGGUAUAUGGGAAUUGGCUCUUUUUUUUUGCUUCAGGUUUUUGUUUAAAUUCCAGUUGGUUAACAUACAGUGUAAUAUGUAUGUUUAUGUUUCUAUGAGUUGGCUCUUAAAGCAUCCACCUGAAAGUGACACACAGUUCAUGUUCAAAGCAUAUCUUAGAGCUUUACUUAACUUCAGCUGGGCAGGAAAGCACAACGCUCUCAUGUGCCUGGAAGAAGUGCCAGAAAUAGUUGGUGAACAGCACUAAUGACCGCCAUAAGUCCAGAUACUUGGUCUGUUCUUCCUUCACAGAAAAUACACUCAUUGCUGCCUGGAGGGAGAUAAUCCCCACAUCCCAUCCAAUCGUGGCAUCUCAUGACAUGCCCUGCAGUCUCUUUCAAGUCCAAAUGUGGUUCCAAUUCAUCGGGAUACCAUGAACUAAAAUGUUUUUUGCCCUCUACACACAACUUACAUACCAGUUGAGCAGAGGCAGGAUAACCCCAAUAGAGACUCCCACUCUGACUGUGAAAAGUGAAGCAUGGGAAACACAUAACAAACACUGGUCUGUUACAAAAUCCCGAUUUUGAGUCUCCCUAUCUGGGGAGUGGAGAAUGCUUUUUGAUUAGGCCUUCAUCUCAUUUCCUGGGAGUAUCGCCCUUGUCGUUUUCUGUGACAUCUGGUUUCGCUUUCUGAGAGGUUCUUUAUUUUCCAUGAUUUCCUUGUCCACAUCUCAAGUGGUUAUCAGGGAAAUUGCCCUCCUUAGGAACUGAGCAACUUUCUCAGUCCUUUUCUUGCCUCGUGAUGAGGCCAAAGGAUCUUUUUUCUUUUUUUAAGUUUAUUUAUUUUGAGAGGGAGGGAGGGGAGAGAGAGGGCAAGCAUGGGGAGGGGCAGAGAGAGAGGAGGGGACAGAGAAUCCCAAGCAGGCUCUGCACUGGCAGCACAGAACCCAAUGCGGGGCUUGAACUCAGGAACCGUGAGAUCAUGACCUGAGCCCAAUCCGAGUCAGAUGCUUACCCCCGCGGAGCCACCCAGGUGUCCUGAGGCCAAAGGAUCAUUUUAAGUUGCAGAAGUUCCCAUCCCUUUCAGGGAAGGUAUAAUUCUCUAAAGAAUUAAGUCUGUUUUUUUGGUGGUUUGUUUUUUCCUGUUUUUGUUUAUUUGUUGUGUUUUGGUUUUUUUGUUUUGUUUUGGUCGAUUUGAUGCUGCAGCAUGUACCAGAUAAUCACACCACAGUAUAUCCAGGAGAUCAUUUUCAUUCCCAUGUCCAACCUCCCUUGACUUAAUUGAUAAACUUAAUAAUAAUUGACUUGAGUCAAUACCAUCUCUGGGGUAAAUUUCUACAUUUAGGGCCAGGGUAUGCUAUGGUAGCAACCCCGUGUCUCAAUAGUUUAAAAUAACAAUACUUCAGGGGCGCCUGGGUGGCUCAGUCGGUUGAGCGUCUGAUUUCAGCUCAGGUCACGAUGUCGCGGUCCGUGAGUUCAAGCCCCGCGUCGGGCUCUGGGCUGAUGGCUCAGAGCCUGGAGCCUGCUUCUGAUUCUGUGUCUCCCUCUCUCUCUGCUCCUCCCCUGUUCAUGCGCUGUCUCUCUCUGUCUCAAAAAAACAAACAAACAAAAAAAUGUCAAAUGCCUUUAUUGAAGUAUAAUUCAGAUAAGGUCAAGUGUACUCCUUUUAAAUAUACAAGGCUACAUUUAGCGUAUACUUUUGUGCAAGCACUGUCACAGUCAAGCUUUGAACACCGCCUUCACCUCGGGAAGUUUCCUCUUGCCUGUUUGCUAUCAGUCCCCACACUGCAUCCCCUGGCCCCAGGCAAACACUGACCUUUUGUCUCCAUAGUCUUACCUUUAACACACCAUUUAUAUAAGCAGAAUUGCACAAUAUAGGGUGUGUGGUUUCUGGCUUCUUUCACUUAACAUGAUGUUUUGAUGUUCAUCCAUGUUGUUGGAUAUAUUUGUAGUUCUUUUUUGUCGUAGGAUUGUAUUCCAUGGUACGGAGAUACUCUAUGUUGGUUAUCCACUCACUAGUUGAUGGACAUUGGAGUUUUCUAGGUUUGGGCUUUCAUGAAUAACACCACUGUGAACCUGUAUAUACAAGGCUUUGUGUGGACAUGUUUUCAUAUCUGUUGGGUAGAUACCAGGAGUGGAAUUCCUGGGUCACAAGUAAGAAUAUGUUUAACUUUUUAGAAAACGUCCUUUCUUCCAGAUGGGCUGUACCAUUUUGCCUUCCCACCCUCAGUGUAUGAGAAUUCCCAUUCCACAUCCUCUAUACUUGACGUCAUCAGUCUAUAACUGUCCAGUAGGUGGUGUCUCAUUGGGGUUUUGAUGCAUCUUGUUUUUUAAAGUUGAGAUAGAAUUCACAUAAAGUUGGCUAUUUUAAAGUACAACAUUCAGUGUAUACAAUUCAGUAUAUUUUUUAGUGUAGCCACUGUGUCAUACAGCCAUCACCGCCAUCAAGUCCAGAACAUUUUCAUCACUCUGAAAGAAGCCCUGUACCCCAUUAGUGGUCAGUUCUCAUUCCUUCCUGCUCCCACCUCCUGGCAGUCAGUAAUCUAACUUCGGUCCGCGUGGAUUUGCCUUUUCCUGACAUUUCAUAGGAAUGGAACCAUGUAAUAUAUGGCCUUUUGGUUUUGGCUUCUUUUAUUUAGCAUAAUUUUUUUUUAAUGUUUAUUUAUUUAUCUUGAGAGAGGGAGAGAAGGAGAGAGAGAGAGCGAGAGGGAGAGCAGGGGAAGGGCAGAGAGAGACGCCCAAGCACGCUCUGUGCUGUCAGCACACGACCUGAUGUGGAGCUCAGACUCACGAACUGUGAGAUCCUGACUGGAGCCGAAAUCAAGAGUCAACCGCUUAACCCACCGAGCCACCCGGCGCCCGAGCGUAAUGUUUUCAAGUUUUAUCCACGAUGUAGCAUGUAACUAUACGUUAUUUCUUUUCAUGGCUGAAUAACAUUCCAUUGUAUCCACAUUGUCUUUGUUUACUAGCCGAGGGACAUUUAGGGUAUUUCUGCUUUUGGGCUAUCAAGAAUCAUGCUCUUGUGAACAUUUGUGUAUGAGGUUUUACGCAAACAUGUGGUUUCAGUUUUCUUAGGCACAUACCUAGAAGUGGAACUGCUGGGUCAUAUAGUAAUUGUACAUUUAACUGUUUUGAGAAACUGCCAAACUGUUCCCAAAGUAGCCAUACCUUAUAAAGUUACUGUAACCAACCUCUGAGAGUUCCAGUUUCUUCACAUCCUCACUGACGCCUUAACUGAUUUUUGAGUAUAGCCAUCCCAGUGGGAGUGAAGCGGUAUCUUGUCACAACUUGGAUUUGCACAUCGCUGUUGUCUACUGAUGUUGGGCGUCUUUUCAUAUGUUUAUUAACUAGUUAGACAUCUUUGGAGAGAAGCAUCUGCUUGAUUUCUUUACUCAUUUGAAAAUUUCAUCAUUGGUCUCUAUUAUUUAGUUGUAAGAGAUCUUUGUUUAUCCUGGAUACUAGACCUUUAUCAGAUACAGGCGGGCCUUGUUUUAUACCGCGUCCCUUCGUAGACACUACGAAUAGAUACACUGAUAUAUUGCACUUCAUAGAUACCGCGUCUUUUACAAGUUGAAUUGUGGCAACCCUGCAUCGAGGCUCUGUCUGCGCCAUUUUCCCGCCACUGUUUGUUCACUUGGUGUUUCUGUGUCACGUUUUGGUAAUUCUCUCAAUAUUUCAAACAUUUUCAUCAUUAUUACGUUUUUCAUGGUGAUCUGUAACUAUGUUUGCUUUAAUGUUACUGUGGUGAUUGUUUUGGGGUGCUGCAAACCCACCCAUAUAAGACAACAAACUUAAUAAAUGUUGUGUGUGCUCUGACUGCUCCACCUACCAGUCGCUCUCUGUGUCUCUCCCUCUCCUCAGGCCUCCCUGUUACCUGAUACGCGAUAACGUUGAAACAAGGCCAAUUAAUAACCCUACGGUGACCUCUAAGUGUUCAAGUGGAAAGGAGAGUCACACGUCUCUCACUUUAAAUCAAUAGCUAAAAACGAUUAAGCGUAGGAAGGCACGUCAAAAGCCAAGACGGACUGGAAGCUAGGCCUCUUGUGCCAAACAGGUAGCUAAGUUGUGAAUGCAAAGGAGAAGUUCGUGAAGGAAGUGAAGAGUGCUACUCCUGUGAACACACGGGUGAUAAGAAAAUGACAUAGUCCCGCUACGGAUGUGGGGGGAAAUUUUAGUGGUCUGGAGAGAAGAGCAGACCCGCCACAACAUUCCCUUACACCAAAGCCUAAUCCAGAGCAAGGGCUUAGCUCUCUUCAAUUCUGUGAAGGCUGAGAGAGGUGAGGAAGGCACAGAAGAAAAGCUUGAAGCUAGCAGAGGCUGGUGCAUAAGGUUUAAGGAAAGAAGCCGUCUCCAUAACAUACAAGUGCAAGGUGAAAGGGCAGGAGGAGCUGCAGCAAGUUAUCCAGAAUAUCUAGCUAAAUAAUUAUUGAAAGUGACCACGCUGAAUAGAUUUUCAGUGUAGACAAAGCCGCCUGUUAGAAGAAGGUGCCAUCUAGGACUUUUGCAGCUAGAGAGAAGUCGAUGCCUGGCUUCAAAGUUUCAAAGGAGUGGCUGAUUCUCUUGCUAGGGCUAAUGUAGCUGGUGACUUUAAGUGAAAACCAGUGCUCCUUUUCCAUUAUGAAAAUCCAAGGGCCCUUAACAAUUAUGCAAAAGCUACCCUUCCUAUACUCUAUAAAUGGAACAAUGGAGUCUGGAUGACAGCACGUCUGUUUAUAACAUGGUUUACUGAAUAUUGUGUGCACAUUGUUGAGAUCUACUGCUCAGAAAAAAAAAAAGUCCUCUCAAAAUAUUACCGCUCACUGACAGUCCACCUGGUCACCCGAGAGCUCCGACGGAGACGUACAAUGAGAUGUACGUAUGUGGCUCUCAUGUUCAUACAACAUCCACUUUGCAGCCUAUGGAUCAAGGCGUCACUUUGACUUUUAAGAAAUCUAUUUCGUGAGGUGAUAGGUGUCCUGGGAGGUGAUUCCUCUGAUGGAUCUGGCCAAAGCAAAUUGAAAACCGAGAGAGGAACCACCAUUCUAGAUGCCAUUGAGAGCGUUCAGGAUUCGUGGAAAGAGAUCAAAAUACCAACGUGCACAGGAGUUUAGAAGUGGAUUGCAACUCUCAGGGAUGACUGGGGUGUUCAAGAUUUCCGUGGAGGAUGUAACUGCAGGUAUGGUAGAAAUAGCAAGGGAACUUGAAUAAUUACAAGUGAGGCCUAGAGAUGUUCCGAAUUGAUGCAGUUUCACAGUAAAACUUUACUGGCUGAGGAGUUGCUUCCUACGGAGGAGCCAAGAAAGCGGUUCCUUGAGUUGGAACCUACUCCUGGUGGAGACGCUGUGAAGAUUGUUGAAAUGACAACAAAGGAUUUAGGACAUCGUGUAAACUUGGUUGGUCAGGCAGCCGCAGGGUUUGAGAGGGCGGUCUUCAAUUUUGAAAGUUCUGUGAGUAAAAUGCUAUCAAACAGCAUUGCAUGCCUCAGAGAAAUUGUCCGUGCAAGGAAGAGCCCACGGAGGAGGCAGACGUCACUGUUGUUUUGUUUCAAGAAACCGCCACAGCCGCUUCAUCCUUCAGCAGCGCCCUCCCCCCCCCCCCCCGACCAGCAGCCAUCGAGGCCAGACCCUCCACCAGCAAUUAUGAGUCUGAAAGCUCAUGAUGGUUAGCAUUUUUCAGCAAAUAUGUUUUUAAAUUAAAAAAACAAAAAGCUUAUCUUUUGAGAGAGCAUGAGCAAGGGAGGGGCAGAGAGAGCAUGGGGGACAGAGGACCCGAAGUGGGCUGUGCUCUGACAGCAGCAAGCCCGAUGUGGGGCUCAAACUCAUGAACCGCAACACCAUGACCUGACUCGAAGUCGGACCCUUAACUGACUGAGCCACCCAGGCGCCUCGUCAACCAGAUAUUUUUAAUGAAGGUUCCAAGUCCUUGUGGGGGAAAGGUGGGUUACUGGCCUCGCUUGGGAGAGGUUCUGACCCCCCCCCCCCCCCCACCUCACACAGCUGUGACCAAGGAGGGAACGGGCUCAUUUGGACCAGAAGCUUAUCCCCAUUGACUGGACUAAGAAAUUCAAGUGACUUGUCCAGAGAAAAAGAGCUGUUAAAAGGUGGAAACUGGCCUGAGGACUCCAAACCGUCUCCUGCCUACCCCCAGGAAGGACACCCUCUGCAGCCAUAUUGGCCAAAUGUUGUUUCCUUGAUGAGGAAAUAGAAGCAGAGACAGCAAGAAGGUGGCUGAGUUGGGAUUUGAGACCAGACUGAGUGUCAGGGUCUGUGGCGUGGAUGACAACACCAUGCUGUCACUGACCAGUUGAACCCCCACUAUGAAACCAGCGGCAUAGCUCCCUCAUCCCGCAACACUUGACCGGAUACGGCUGAGCUGUUCCUGUCCCUGUGUCCACGUGCACAUGGGUCCUCCUGGAGCUGCUGCACAUGAGGAUACCUCAAAAUGCAUCAAGCAAUACUGGAAUAGAAAGUGACUGGGAAACUGCCUGCAGAACCAAAGACAUCAAAAUGUAGCUAUCAUAACUCAAGUUAGCUCUUACACUGACCCUGGUUACUGGCAGCAAUGGAGGCCUGUUCUUUAUAUGUAUCAACUCGUUGGAUUCUCACAACUUCCUCCUGAGCUCAACACUCCUACAAAUAUUUAACCACCAGCAAGGUGGUUAGAAAAUCAGGACUUUGGUUCUCUGGCACAGAGUUGGAAUUAUUAAAAUGGCAGCAUUUCAGAAGGCAGCAACACCGACAAUAUGACUAUUUUAUAAUGAAGCCAUCAGCAGUAUGGGAGUUCACGGCCUUACACUAGUGUGGACAAAGUCAAUAUGACCAUUGGGUUAUUGAGCAUGUCAGAAGUGCACUUCAUCCACACUCUUCCCACAAAAAUGAUCCAGAAUUGUUUGUGAACCACACAAUACAUAUAUAUAUUAUGGAGAAAGUAGGAAGUGCUGUUAAAUGAAAAGAAGAAAAGGAAGCUCUUCUUCUGUGAUUAUACCUUCUAGAGAGUACCACUGUUAAUAUUUGGGCAUCUAUUCCCCCAGAAUUUGAAGAUGAUGAUGGAUGAGAGCUUCAUGAGAUGGGGACUGUUCUAAGCCCUGUCCUGUUGUUUUCCUGUGCCUACAACAGAGCUAGCACAAGAAAAAGAAAGGAAGAAAGAGAUUGCGGGCAUUGAUAGAACUCAACAGCCACUAAGGAUUGGACGACUGUCCAGAAGACAAGAAAAAUCUCUAUUUUGACCGGGGGAGUCCUGAGGCUGGGCAGUCGGGAAGUUUCCGUAGCAGCAGCAGCAGCAACCUUGGAGAGGACCAGCAAGGACGGUGGAGUGAGAUUAGAAAAGCACUUGGGAGGCACAUUCAUCUUGCCGGCGUUGUCAGGAGUGAUCAGCGAGUUUUAUUAAAAGCCCCGGGACUGCCUGAAAAGCCUCCUUGUCUGAGUUUGAAAUGAAAGGGGCAUGUUAAGAUCUUGGGGCACACUGUCGGGACCCCUUGCCCUGCCCCUUGGACUAUGAGCUAACAUCCCUGGGGGAAGCACAGAAGCCCUCCUUUGUUGAAGGGAUUUCGCCGGUGGACAAAUGGAGCUGGCCCCUGACAGCAUGAGCUCUCGGAGUUGGGGAGGGCCCCGUGCCCUGCCGCCGCUGCUGCUGCUGCUGCUGCUGCUGCUGUUGCUGCUGCCGGGCUGGGCCGGCCCCACCUUCAUCAGUGUUAACCGUGGGGUCAGGGUGAUGAAGGGCAGCUCUGCCUUCCUGUUGGGGGAUGACCUGAAGUUUGCCAUCCCCAAGGAGAAAGAUGCUUGCAAAGUAGAAGUCGUGAUGAACGAGCCAAUGACCCAGAGGGUUGGGAAACUCACUCCACAGGUCUUUGACUGCCAUUUCCUUCCUAAUGAAGUAAAGUAUAUUCACAAUGGUUGCCCGAUUCUUGACGAAGACACAGUGAAGCUUAGACUUUACAGAUUUACUGAGACGGAUACCUUCAUGGAAACCUUUAUCCUGCGGGUCUAUCUCCUGGAACCAGACUGUAACAUCAUCCGUAUGAGUAACAACGUACUGGAGGUGUCCGAAUUCUAUGGCCUGUCCCGAGCCAUUGAUAAGAACGUGCUCAGAUUUGACUACGAGGGGGCGGCCGGCCUGGAGUGCACAGUCAGGCUGGAUCCUGUGGGAAGCCGGCUGCCAGCCCACGGUCAGGUGGUCCUGCUGGAGCCUCGGCCAGAAAAACCUCGUGGAGAUCAGCCGCACAGUUUUUUCCCUGAAUCUCAACUGGGAACAGACCUGAAGUGUCCAGGUGGAAGCUGUAGCCUGGGCCUGAAGAAAGCAGGAAGUAUCAAAGUGAGCUGUGAGGAGUUCCUGCUGAUGGGGCUUCGUUACCAACACACGGACCCCCCUUCUCCCAACAUUGAUUACAUCUCCAUCCGGCUGGACCUCACAGAUGGCAGGAGUAAAAUCGUAUACAAGUCAGAGAGUGCGUGGUUGCCCGUCUAUAUCAGAGCCGGCAUUCCUAAUCAGAUUCCAAGGGCUGCGUUCAUGGCCAUGUUCAUUCUGGAAGUGGAUCAGUUCAUCCUGACCUCUUUGACCACAGCCGUUCUGGACUGUGAAGAGGAUGAGACGCCCAAGCCCUUGCUGGUGUUCAACGUUACUAAGGCCCCACCCCAGGGCUAUGUGACUCAUCUGUGGGAUCACACCAGACCCGUCUCCUCGUUCACCUGGAAAGAUCUAAGCGACAUGCAGAUAGCCUAUCAGCCGCCAAACAGCAGCCAUUCUGUGAGGAGACAUUACGAGGUGGAGGUGGAGGCUUACGACUUCUUCUUUGAGAGGAGCGCACCCAUUACAGUCCACAUCUCCAUCAGAACAGCGGAUACGAAUGCCCCGCGAGUGUCCUGGAACACAGGUCUGAAUCUUCUGGAGGGGCAGUCUCGGGCCAUCACUUGGGAACAGUUUCAGAUUGUUGACAAUGAUGACAUCCGUGCUGUCCAGCUGGUCACCGUGGGUGGCCUGCAGCAUGGACAGCUUACAGUAAGAGGGAGGAAAGGAUUUCUCUUCACUGUGGCUGACCUUCAGGCUGGAGUUGUUCGCUAUCAUCAUGACGACAGUGACUCCACCAAAGACUUUGUGGUCUUCAGGAUAUUCGAUGGCCAUCACAGCAUCCGCCAUAAGUUUCCCAUCAACAUUUUGCCCAAAGAUGACAGUCCCCCGUUCCUCAUAAACAAUGUAGUAAUUGAACUGGAGGAGGGACAGACCAUACUGAUCCAGGGUUCCAUGCUGAGAGCAUCAGAUAUGGACUCCAGUGAUGACUACAUCUUCUUUAAUAUCACAAAACCCCCUCAGGCCGGAGAGAUCAUGAAGAAGCCAGGGCCAGGGCUGAUAGGCUAUCCUGUCCCUGGCUUCCUUCAGAGGGAUCUGUUUAAUGGCAUCAUUCACUAUCGUCACUUUGGUGGAGAGAUCUUUGAAGACUCUUUUGAAUUUGUCCUGUGGGAUAGCCAUGAACCUCCAAAUCUCUCAGUGCCACAGAUGGUGACCAUCCACAUUACUCCAGUGGACGACCAGCUUCCAAAGGAGGCUCCUGGAGUUUCUCGGCAUUUGGUUGUCAAGGAAACCGAGGUGGCCUACAUAACUAAGAAGCAUCUAUAUUUUAUAGAUACAGAAUAUGACAGGGAUCUCGUCUACACAGUGACAACACCCCCAUCUUUCUCUUUCAGCCACAGGCAUCUGGAUGCUGGGAAAUUAUUUAUGGUGGAUAGUAUUCCAAAGCUAACCAAAAACCCUGCAGCCCCGGGGCUGAGAUCAUUCACUCAGCAUGCUGUGAACUACAUGAAAGUGGCCUACAUGCCACCCAUGCAAGAUAUAGGCCUGCAUCCGGGACACGUCCAGUUUGCAUUUUCUGUCAGUAACCAGCACGGGGGCACUUUGCAUGGGAUCUGCUUUAACAUCACAGUUCUUCCAGUGGAUAAUCAAGUUCCUGAGGUAUUUACCAACCCCCUGAGAGUGGCUGAGGGAGGUCACUGCAUCAUCAGCACAGAGAACAUUCUGGUUUCUGAUGUGGAUACCCAACUGGACAACAUCUACCUCUCCCUACAGAGACUGCCUCAGCAUGGAAGGGUGGAGUUGGAUGGAUUUCCUCUAAACCCAGGAGGCACAUUUUCUUGGGGAGAACUCCAUGCCUUAAAAGUUAGAUAUCGACAUGAUGGAUCUGAGAUACUACAGGAUAAUAUAUUCUUGGAGGUCACAGAUGGCACGAAUUCAGCAGACUUUGUUCUACGUGUUGAGGUAUUCCCUGUAAAUGAUGAGCCACCACUCCUCAAGGCUGACCUCAUCCCCAUGAUGCAUUGCUCAGAGGGCGAAGAGGUGGUCAUCACCUCUGAACACAUUUCUGCUACUGAUGUGGACGGUGAUGACUCGAGACUGAUGUUUGUGAUCGCCCGAGCACCUCAGCACGGGCUGGUGAGGAAAGCUGGAGUCUCAGUGGAUCAGUUCUCUCAGGGAGAUGUCAUCUCGGGGGCUGUGACAUACAAACACACGGGUGGUGAGAUUGGCCUGGUGCCUUGUUAUGAUACCAUUACAUUGGUGGUUUCGGAUGGAGAAGCUGGUCCUUAUGUGAAUGGCUGUUGCUACAAUGGGCCUCAUCCAUCUGUUCCUCUUCAUGAGUCCUUUCCAGUGUAUGACCUCAACAUCACAGUACACCCAGUGGACAACCAAUCACCUUCGGUUGCAAUAGGUACCAUGUUCGUUGUAGAUGAGGGUUUUUCAGCAGCCAUUACCAUUAACCAUUUGUCCGCCACUGACCCUGACACUGCAGCUGAUGACUUGGAAGUUGUUUUGGUUUCUCUUCCCCAGUUUGGCUACCUUGAAAACACUCUUCCUUCUGCAGGUUUUGAAAAAAGCAAUAUGGGCAUAAGCAUAGGUUCGUUCCAGUGGAAAGACAUGAAGGCUUUACACAUUAACUAUGUGCAAUCCAGACAUCUGAGGAUGGAACCGACAGCUGACCAGUUCACGGUGUAUGUCACAGAUGGGAAGCGACGCUCCUUGGAGAUACCGUUUCACGUUAUAAUCAACCCCACAAAUGAUGAAGCUCCUGACUUUGUAGUGCAGAAUAUUACUGUGUGUGAGGGUCAGAGGAAAGAGUUGGAUACCUCCAUCAUCAAUGCUGCUGAUCUAGACGUUCCCAAAGACUCCUUGCUGUUCAGCAUCACUCAUAAACCACGCCAUGGCUUCCUCACCAACGGGAUGCUUAGCAAAGAGUUUCCUCCAAAUAAGCAGCCUGCCAACCCCAGCCAGAGGCAUGAACUUAUUCACAGCUUUUCCUUGGAACUUCUCAAGAAUGGAAUGAAGUUGAUGUAUGUGCACGAUGACUCAGAGAGCCUUGCUGAUGACUUUACAAUCCAGUUGUCAGAUGGGAAACAUAAGAUAUUAAAAACGAUUUCAGUAGAAAUCACCCCAGUUAAUGAUGAGAAACCAAUGCUGAGCAAGAAGGCUGAACUUACAGUGAAAAUGGGUGAAGCUCGAAUUGUUUCUAGUGCCAUUCUUUCGGCCAUAGAUGAAGACUCACCCAGGGAGAAGAUUUACUAUUUAUUUGAAAGGCUUCCCCAAAAUGGGCAACUUCAACUUAAGCUAGGGAGGGACUGGGUCCCUCUCCACCCUGGCAUGAAGUGCACUCAGGAGGACGUCGAUCUGAACUUGCUGAGAUACACACACACCGGGGCGAUGGACUCCCAGAACCGAGACAGCUUUACCUUCUACCUCUGGGAUGGUGACAACAGGUCACCGGCAUUUGACUGUCACAUCACCAUCAAGGAUAUGGGAAAAGGCAACAUUGUCAUCCUUGCAAAACCGCUUGUGGUGUCUAAAGGUGAGCGAGGUUUCUUGACGACCACCACUCUCCUUGCAGUGGAUGGAACAGACAAACCCGAGGAACUGCUCUACAUCAUCACUUCCGCUCCGCGGUAUGGCCAGGUUGAAUAUGUCCGCUAUCCUGGAGUCCCCAUUACAAGCUUCAGCCAAAUGGACAUAGCAGGACAGACAGUCUGUUAUGUACAUAAGAGCAAGGCAGCUGUCUCCCAUGAUACCUUCAGAUUCAUUGUCAGCAAUGGGCUGCAGACCAAACAGGGGGUGUUUGAGAUCACACUGGAGACCGUGGACAGAGCCUUACCCGUGGUGACCAGGAACAGGGGGCUGAGACUGGCCGAGGGGGCCACGGGCCUGCUUUCCCCUGACCUCCUCCAGCUGACCGACCCUGACACCCCAGCGGAGAACCUCACCUUCGUGUUGGUCCGGCUCCCACAACAUGGCCAGCUUUACCUGCGGGGGACAAUGUUGCUUCGGCACAACUUUACUCAGCAGGACGUGGACAGCAGGAAUGUGGCCUACAGGCACUUGGGAGGGGACUCCCAGGUUGACUGCUUUACUUUUGUGGCCACAGAUAGGACAAACCAAGGCUUUGUUGUGGAUGGGAGAGUGGGACAAGAACCUGUUACGUUCACCAUCCAGGUUGACCAGUUGGACAAAACAGCCCCCCAUAUCACACACUUGCACUCCCCUUCUCAAGUGGGGCUCCUGAAAAAUGGCUGUUAUGGGAUUUACCUCACUUCCCAUGUGUUGAAGGCAACAGACCCUGACACUGAUGACGAUCUGAUCAUCUUUAAAAUUCUACGAGGCCCCCAACACGGACAUCUGGAGGACACAACAACAGGUGAAUUUAUCCACGAGAAAUUUAUCCAAAAGGACUUAAACAGUAAGACCAUUCUUUACAUCCUAAACCCAUCUUUGGAAGUUAAUUCAGAUAUCCUGGAAUUUCAAAUCAUGGACCCCACAGGGAACUCUGCCGCUCCUCAAAUUUUGGAACUGAAGUGGUCUCAUAUUGAAUGGUCACAGGCUGAAUAUGAGGUCUGUGAGACUGUGGGCAUAUUAUCCUUAGAAAUUACCAGAAGGGGAUAUUCCAUGGACUCAGCCUUCGUGAGUGUAAAGGUCAAGCAAGUGUCUGCUACAGUUGGAAAAGACUUCACUCUGACUCCAUCUAAACUGAUUCAGUUUGACCCAGGAAUGUCAACUAAGAUGUGGAAUAUAGCAAUUACCUAUGACGGAUUAGAGGAAGAUGAUGAGGUCUUUGAAGUAAUUCUCAACUCCCCUGUGAAUGCAGUUCUUGGCAUAAAGACAAAAGCGGCAGUGAAAAUUUUGGACUCAAAAGGAGGACAGUGCUAUCCUUCAUAUUCCUUCAACCCAAACAAGCACAGUGCGUGGGAGAAGGGCCUUUGGCGCCCACUGUCCCCAGGGUCUUCCUCACCCGCCACUUCUGGUUCCUUUCAUCUGGAAAGAAGACCCCUUCCAUCUUCCAAGCGGCCAGCAGUCACCAGGGGAGACACUCUCCAGGGCUUUGCUUCCACAGAUCUUUCUCGUAUGAAGCUGAGGACCCAAGGGAAAGGCAAAACAGUUCUUCCAUCCUCUGUUUAUAGAAAUGGAACAGACAUCAUCUAUAAUUAUCGUGGAAUGGUUUCCCUGCAACUACAGGAUGAUGGUUCCCCAUCUCACCAAAGGAAGGCCAACAUGUCCAGUGUUAAUCAGCCACAGAAGACAAGCCAAGGGGCAGAAUUGCCUCAGGCAGAUAAGGUGGAAUCCACAACUGGCUCACACUUCUCCAGACAGGCCCGGUUGCCCUCAUUUCCAAAGAACUGCACACUGGAAUUAAAGGGACUCUUCCACUUCCAAGAAAGCCUCCGGAAGCUGUACAAGUGUGAUGGGAUUACCUGGAGAGUGUGGAGCCCCCAAACCGAGGUGGGACCCGGGAUGAACAGCAAGGAGGUGGAAGGUGGAUCCUGCCCGGCUGGGUGGCACCGUCACUCAGGCUACUGCCACUCCGUGAUCACGGAACAGAAAGGCACCUGGGACACAGCAGCCCGAGCUUGCCAAGAACAUCACCUGGGCAGCCUCGUCACAGUUCUCUCCAGGCAGCAUAUGCGAUGGCUGUGGGACAUCAGCGGACGGAAGCCAUUUUGGAUAGGUUUGAAUGACCAAGUGCAUGCUGGCCACUGGGAGUGGAUGGGUGGUGAACCUGUCGUCUUCACCAACUGGAGGAAAGGCCCCCCUCAACGUUCAAAGCCUGGGAAGAACUGUGUUUUGGCUCAAAGACAAGGGAAAUGGCAAACGCAGGACUGUAGCAAGAGCAAACCUCACAGUUACGUGUGCUCCAGGAAACUCGAAAUGUAACUAGCCUUACAGGUGCCCGCUUGGAAUUUCUCACCUAUUUAUUUACAGGAUUUGUACAUGUUGUUCAAUAGAAGACAAGGUGUCAUGAUUGACUUGGUGCGUUUUUUUGUUUUUUAAUCAUAGUUUAUGAGUGAUUCUAUCUGGUAAAAAAGGAACAUAGAAGAAGAGUUCCAGGAAGAUCGAUCAAUGAAUAUUUCUUUAGGGAAGACAGACAAUUCUUGGAUUUCAAUACAUUUCAGAAUAAAUGCCUGAAGUAUUAGAUGGUCCAAGAUUUGCUAAUUCCAGGAGACUCCCACCCUGACCCCACUCCAUAUCUGAGUCAGUACCAAUUUCAUGGUCCUUGGAUUUUUUUUUAAUCCCAAUAUCUCAAAUGAGCCCAUUCCAAUAUCUGUAUUGCUGGUGCUUCUCCCACUUCAGUCUGAGUAAAAGAAAUUCUACCGGUUCCUUAAA